AGCUUCCAGGUUCCGGCCAACCGGAACCUUUCCCAGAGCGACUGCGGCUGUGUGGGACUUGCCUCCGCCGAGUUCCUGGGGGUGGUGCCCGACCAGAGUGGCGGCAACGUGACCCAAUAGGAAGGGGUCUUAUUGGCUCGGCAGCCAAUGAACUUGGCGAGGAAGAGGCGGCGAUCUGAGCAUGGAGGCAGCGACUUGAGGCGGCAUGGGUCUGUGUCUGAGGUGGCGCCGGCUCGGGUUCCCACUCGCGGGGGUCCGCCGGGAACUCCACACAGUGCGUGAGGCCUCUGUGCGAACUCCCCCACACUGGUUGGCAGAGCGAUUUGGCCUUUUUGAGGAGCUAUGGACCGCUCAGGUGAAAAGGCUAGCAAGUAUGGCACAAAAGAAACCCCAGACUAUACUAGUGUCACUUCCUGAAGGUCAAAAGGUAGACGCUGUCGCAUGGAACACAACCCCUUACCAGCUGGCCCAGCAAAUCAGUUUAACACUGGCUGAUGCUGCAGUGGCUGCAGAGGUAAAUGGAGAACUCUAUGAUCUGGACCGACCCUUGGAAACAGAUUGCUACCUCAGAUUUCUGACAUUUGAUUCCCCAGAGGGCAAAGCGGUGUUCUGGCACUCAAGCGCCCACGUUCUGGGUGCAGCUGCUGAGCAACAUCUGGGUGCUGUUCUCUGCCGAGGUCCAAGUACAGAAUCUGGCUUUUACCACGAUUUCUUCCUGGGGAAUGAGCGGACAGUCCGCAGCUCAGAGUUGCCCGUUUUGGAGCGGAUUUGCCAGGAGAUCAUAGCUGCUGCACAACCUUUUCGAAGGCUAGAGGCUUCCCGGGAUCAGCUUCGCCAGCUCUUCAGGGAUAACCACUUUAAGCUUCAUCUGAUUGAGGAGAAAGGGACUGGCCCAGCAGCAACAGUAUACGCGUGUGGCACAUCGGUUGACCUUUGCCAGGGCCCUCAUCUUCGGCACACCGGACAGAUAGGAGCACUGAAGCUGCUGACAAACUCCUCAGCCUUGUGGAGGUCCUCAGGAGCACCAGCGGCACUGCAGAGAAUAUGGGGAAUUUCCUUCCCCAAGCCAGAGUUACUGAAGAACUGGGAAGCACGAAGGGAGGAAGCAGAGUUGAGAGAUCACAGACGCAUCGGGAAGGAACAGGAGCUCUUCUUCUUCCAUGAGCUGAGCCCCGGGAGCUGCUUUUUCCUGCCACGAGGGACAAGAGUCUAUAAUGCCCUGGUGGCUUUCAUUAGGGCUGAGUAUGCCCGCCGUGGUUUCUCAGAGGUGAAGACCCCCAUGCUGUUUUCCACAAAACUCUGGGAGCAGUCAGGGCACUGGGAGCAUUACAGGGCAGACAUGUUUUCCCUGAAGCCCCCACGCGCUGACGUCGACAGCCCCCAGAGUGGCCUCCCUGCCAGGUCUCCCCAAGACAUGCUUGCUCUCAAGCCCAUGAACUGCCCUGCACACUGCCUGAUGUUUGCUCACCGGCCCAGAUCCUGGCGGGAACUGCCUGUGCGGCUGGCUGAUUUCGGAGUCCUGCAUCGGGCAGAGGCUUCCGGCAGCCUGGGAGGAUUGACACGGCUGUGGUGCUUCCAGCAGGAUGAUGCUCACAUCUUCUGUGCGCCCAAUCAGCUGGGAGCAGAGAUCCGGGGCUGCCUGGAUUUUCUCCGAUCUGUUUAUGCUGUUCUUGGUUUUUCCUUCCACCUGGCUUUAUCUACUCGACCAUCUGACUUCCUAGGGGAGUCUCACCUGUGGGACCAGGCUGAGCAGGUCCUACAACAAGCCUUGGAGGAAUUUGGAGAACCCUGGGACCUUAACCCUGGAGAUGGUGCUUUCUAUGGGCCUAAGAUUGAUGUGCACCUCCACGACGCCCUCGGUCGGCCCCACCAGUGUGGAACCAUCCAGCUUGACUUCCAGCUGCCUCGGAGAUUCAACCUUCAAUACAAGGGGCAGGCGGGGGCCCUUGAAUGUCCUGUCCUUAUUCACCGGGCAGUGCUUGGCUCCGUGGAAAGGCUGUUGGGAGUGCUGGCAGAAAGCUGCGGGGGGAAAUGGCCCCUGUGGCUAUCCCCAUUCCAGGUAGUGGUCAUCCCUGUGGGGACAGAACAAGAGGAAUAUGCCAGGCAGGUACAACAGUGCCUGCAGGCUGCAGGGCUCAUCGGUGAUCUCGAUGCCGAUCCUGGACUGACCCUCAGCCGGAGAGUCCGCCGGGCCCAGCUUGCCCACUACAAUUUUCUGUUUGUGGUUGGCCAGAGAGAGCAGAGCCGAAGAACCGUGAACAUACGGACUCGCAACAACCGACAGUUGGGGGAGCGAGGCAUGGCCGAGGCUGUGCAGAGGCUGCUGGAGUUACAGGGUUCCAGGGUCCCCAACGCGGAAGAAGUGUUCUGACCUCUAUUCCCUGCUGAGCUGUGGACUGGUGAGAGCUGUCCAUCCUUAGCACAGGAGACCCCCUCUCACCUGGCAGCCCAGCAUGUCCCUGAGUCCUCAUAACUGCUCUCCUGGAACCUUGGUGAGGGAUUCCCCACAGGAAGGAACACUGUGCUUGAAUAGAAGGAGAAUAAAAAAUAAACUUAA